AUGAGGGAAUUCAGCCCGGCCGAUGAGGAUAUAUUCCUCAAGGAUGCUACUCAGGAUUACAUUCGUCGGUAUGUCGUUGCAAAAGCCAAUCGCAAAUUCGCUCGCGUGUUCGACAUCAAAGAACCAUUAGUUAUUGAUACCGAUCAAAAGAUUCCACACAAAACUUUACCAUUCGCACUGGCCAUCUAUGCUGAUGGCAAAGAUGGUAGGCCUUCACGGGUACUACGAGCCGACACCAACUCCAAACUAAACAAAGAAGAAUGGAAGUUGCUCUACAGCCCAUUGGCAACCGCGUUAUCCAGCAAAUAUCAUGAAGAUCUCAAAUCGUUGUCGACAACCGAUUACAAAGUGGAGCAAACCAAAUUAAUUAAUUGGUUGGAUAAAGAGAUCUUUACGCCUGAUAAUGGGCUUCCAAUCACAGGACUCUCUCGAAACUCAUUUGGAACAGAAUCAAUCGACGAGGUCGUACUGGGUGCUAAUCAGCUACGCUUGAUAGAGUAUUUUGCCUGGGGAAUGAGGAAUAGAAAUAACCCGGAACACACCGAAUCGGCAGCAACGAAACUACUGGAAUCUUACAAAGAUGACGUCAAAAAGGCAGCAGAGGAAACCAAGCAGGCGAGCUCGGCGGAGCACUCUGAAGCCAUGAAGUCACAUCGCGACCCCGAUGCAGAAAGAUAUGGGUUUUAUCAUCCAUGGGGUAAACUCUUUGUGGAAAAGGAGAUAAACCUAUCCGAUGAGGAGAGGGAAGACAGCAAAAUGGAGUGA